AUGGCCGCCGAACUCACGAGCUUGCGCAAGGCCCGCGCCGACAGCCGCGUCCUGACCUUCACGAGCAUGGCCCAGUACGUCGAGGAGAUGCAAGGCAAGCGGCCGGUCACGAAGAUGCUCAUCGCCAACAACGGUAUCUCGGCGGUCAAAUGCAUCCGCUCGGUCCGCAAGUGGGCGUACGAGACGUUCGGGAACGAGCGCAUGGUGCAGUUCGUCGUCAUGGCGACGCCCGAGGAUCUGCGCGCCAACGCCGAGUACAUCCGCAUGGCCGAGCACGUGGUCGAGGUGCCCGGCGGCUCCAACAACAACAACUACGCCAACGUCAUGCUCAUCGUCGAGCUCGCCGAGCGCUUCGAAGUCGAUGCUGUCUGGGCCGGGUGGGGCCAUGCCAGUGAGAACCCGCUCUUGCCCGACAGCCUCGAGAAGACCGCGCGCAAGAUCCUCUUUGUCGGGCCCUCGGGCAAGCCGAUGCGCGCGCUUGGCGACAAGAUCGGGUCGACGAUCAUUGCGCAGAGCGCGCGCGUCCCGACCAUCUCGUGGAACGGCGAUGGUAUUACAGUCAACUACAAGACGCUCAACUCGAUCCCGGACGAGAUUUACGAGGCUGCGUCGAUCAAGGACGUCGACCACUGCGUCGAGCAGUGCGCGCGCAUUGGCUUCCCCGUCAUGAUCAAGGCCAGCGAGGGCGGCGGCGGCAAGGGUAUCCGCAAGAUCACGCGGCCGGAAGACGUGGUCGCCGGCUACACGGCCGUGCAGGGCGAGAUCCCCGGGUCGCCGAUCUUUGUCAUGAAGCUCGCGCCGAAGUCGCGCCAUCUUGAAGUCCAGCUGCUCGCGGACGAGUACGGCAAUGCGAUCGCGCUCUCGGGUCGCGACUGCUCGGUGCAGCGCCGCCACCAAAAGAUCAUUGAAGAAGGCCCGGUGCUCGCGCCGACCGAGGCGGUCUGGGACGAGAUGAUGCUCGCAGCGACGCGGCUCGCCAAGGAAGUCGACUACGUCAACGCCGGUACGGUCGAGUACCUCUUCACCGAGACGCCGGACGCCGACGGCAACAACUUUUUCUUCCUCGAGCUCAACCCGCGUCUCCAGGUCGAGCACCCGGUGACGGAGAUGAUCACGGGCGUCAACUUGCCGGCGUGCCAGCUCCAAGUGGCCAUGGGCAUUCCGUUGCACAUGAUCCCGGACGUGCGUCGCCUCUACAACAAGGACUCGCAUGGCAAGUCGCCCAUCGACUUUGAGAAGGAGAAGCAGCUGCCGCCGCACGGCCACGUCAUUGCCGCGCGCAUCACCGCCGAGGACCCGAACGCGGGUUUCCAGCCGACGUCCGGAGCGAUUGAAGAGCUCAACUUCCGGUCGACGCCCGACGUGUGGGGCUACUUCUCGGUCGACUCGUCCGGCCGCGUCCACGAGUACGCCGACUCGCAGAUCGGCCACUUGUUUUCGUGGAGCACGUCGCGGGAGCGCGCGCGCAAGAACCUCGUGCUCGCGCUCAAGGAGCUCUCGAUCCGCGGUGAGAUCAACACGACGGUCGAGUACCUCGUGCAGAUGAUCGAGGCCGACGACUUCAAGGCCAACCGCAUCUCGACCUCGUGGCUGGACGAGCGCAUUGCGCGCCAUAAGGAAGUGAGCCUCCAGGGCCGCCCGGACACGCUCAUGGUCGUCCUCGUCGGCGCCAUGUGCCUCGCGUACCAAGCGUCGGCGGCGCGCAUGGAAGCGUACGUCGCGCAGCUCGAGCGCGGUCAGAUCCCGGCGCCCGAGCUGCUGACGCAGGAAGAUGCGCUCGAGCUCAUCUACGAAGGCGUCAAGUACCAGAUCCAGGCCGCGCGGUCGGGCGCGAUCACGUUCACGCUGAGCUGCAACGACUCGUACGUGCAGGCCAACAUCCGCACGCUCUCGGACGGCGGGUUCCUCGUGCUCUUGAACGGGAAGAGCCAUGUCGCGUACGCGACCAAAGAAGCGCAAGGCCUCCGCCUCAUCGUCGACGGCAACACGUGCGUCUUCACCAACGAGUACGACCCGACGCGCCUCGUGACCAACGCGGCCGGCAAGCUCGCGCGAUGUACAUGCCGCUGCUGA